AUGAAGGAGGCAAUCAACCUUCCCGGGCCCACUGUGAAAAUUGUGGAUAGUCCUAUUCCCGAGCCGAACGAUGACCAAGUUCUCAUCAAAGUUGUUGUCUCCGGAUCAAAUCCUAAGGAUUGGAAAGUCCCGGAUCUGGCAGCUUCAGGGGAUUCCAGCUUUGGCGUAUUCGUCCAAGCCAGGAAGGGUCUUAACCAAGGAGAUGAUAUUGCUGGAAUUGUCGAAAAGGUUGGUGUGAAUGUUGUCGACUUCAAGCCAGGUGAUCGCGUUGCAGCCUUCCAUGAGAUGGGCACCACUGGUGGUUCUUACGCGGAAUAUGCAAUUGCGUGGAGCCACACGACCUUUCAUUUACCCCAGCGAACGUCAUUUGAAGAGGCUGCUACGAUACCCCUAGCGGCCCUCACCGCGGCUGUAUCAUUGUAUGCGCAUCAUCGCCUGCCGUUCCCCUGGGCUCCCGCGCAGAGCGCGAUCCCAAUCAUUAUCUACGGCGCGAGUACCGCCGUCGGCUCUUACGCUAUAAAGUUCGCAUGUAAUAGCAAGAUCCACCCGAUCAUUGCUGUUGCAGGGAAAGGAUCUCACUACGUGGAAACACUGAUUGAUCGAAGCCAGGGCGACGCGGUUCUUGACUACCGUGAAGGAGUGGAGGCCACCGUGGAAGGAAUCCACCAGUGUCUCAGAGACACUGGCCACACGUCCGUCUGGCAUGCGGUCGAUGCCGCUAUCGUUCCUCAGAGCGCAGAGAUUUUGAGACGGUCCGUUAGCCCGGGCGGAAUGAUCAAUUUUAUCCUGCCCAACGAUCUCGAUGUAUCGAUUAAAUCGGUCACUUCAGUGGGGUCGGUUCACGGCCAGGCGGAGUUUGAAAACUUCGAAGAGUUGGGGUAUAUUAUCAGUCGCUACUUCACAAGAGCCCUGAAAAAUGGAAGUUUCUCAGGCCACCCUUUCGAAGUCAGGCCGGGUGGUCUAGAAGGAAUUGAGGAUGCGUUGAAAGAUUUGAAGGCUGGGAAGGCAAGCGCCACGAAAUAUAUUUUUCGCAUCGCAGACACUCCUGGAAUGGGUUAG